CUCCUCCUCCUCCUCCAGCCCUUGUGUGGGACUCCAUUUUCCCAGCCCCAAAGUCUCCAAGGGAAGGGUGCCGUGGGAGCGCGCAGCCAAGAUGGAAUAAUAGAGAUCUCUAGAUCUGCAUAUAGCUAUCUAUAGAUCUAGAUAUCUAUACAAAACCCAGCCGUGCCUCCACGACGUCGCCCGGGCGCCUCCGGAUUUGGGCAGCGUUAGGAUCGGCGUCUUUGUGUGCGCGCUCGCUCGCGCUCGGCUGGACAGUUUUCGCCUUGGUGGCUUUUUGCGCCCCCGCGGAAUGGAUGACCAAGGGAGGCUGAUCCAAGCUCGGGGGCCCGUGGGGCUCCCGCCGGGCCAUCCCGCUGUGCCGGGGGUCCCCAGCAUGACCCCCCACUCCCUCCACGAGCCCCCCUCGGAUAACGGCGAGCCGCGCAAGCAAGACAUCGGCGACAUCCUGCAACAGAUCAUGACCAUCACCGACCAAAGCUUGGACGAGGCGCAGGCAAAGAAACAUGCCCUGAAUUGUCACCGCAUGAAGCCAGCUCUCUUCACCGUCCUCUGCGAAAUCAAAGAAAAGACAGGACUGAGCAUCCGAAGCUCCCAGGAGGAGGAGCCGGUGGACCAGCUGAUGCGCUUGGACAAUAUGCUGCUGGCCGAGGGGGUGGCCGGCCCAGAGAAAGGGGGUGGGUCUGCGGCAGCAGCGGCCGCAGCCGCAGCAGCAGGGGGGGUGUCCCCAGAUAACUCCAUUGAGCACUCCGAUUACCGCAACAAGCUCUCCCAGAUCCGCCAGAUCUACCACUCGGAGCUGGAGAAAUACGAGCAGGUAAGGAUGUUGAUGAUGCGGAUUAUACAUACAGGUGGUCUGCCAUACAUAUGUUCUCAUAACUCCAAGGCUGCAGCAAGUUUCGAUCCAGCUGCAUAG